ACAGCCACACGCCCCGAGGCCUCCAAGAUGAGCUACACACUGGACUCGCUGGGCAACCCGUCCGCCUACCGGCGGGUAACCGAAACCCGCUCGAGCUUCAGCCGCGUUAGCGGCUCCCCUUCCAGCGGCUUCCGCUCGCAGUCGUGGUCCCGAGGCUCGCCCAGCACAGUGUCCUCCUCCUACAAGCGCAGCGCUCUAGCCCCGCGCCUCACCUACAGCUCGGCCAUGCUCAGCUCCGCCGAGAGCAGCCUCGACUUCAGCCAGUCCUCCUCCCUGCUCAACGGUGGUUCCGGGCCGGGCGGCGACUACAAGCUGUCCCGCUCCAACGAGAAGGAGCAGCUGCAGGGGCUGAACGACCGCUUCGCGGGCUACAUCGAGAAGGUGCACUACCUGGAGCAGCAGAACAAGGAGAUCGAGGCGGAGAUCCAGGCGCUGCGGCAGAAGCAGGCCUCGCACGCCCAGCUGGGCGACGCGUAUGACCAGGAGAUCCGUGAGCUGCGCGCCACACUCGAGCUGGUGAACCACGAGAAGGCUCAGGUACAGCUGGACUCGGACCACCUGGAAGAAGACAUCCACCGACUCAAGGAGCGCUUCGAGGAGGAGGCACGGCUGCGCGACGACACCGAGGCGGCCAUCCGCGCGCUGCGCAAAGACAUUGAGGAGGCGUCGCUGGUCAAGGUGGAGCUGGACAAGAAGGUGCAGUCGCUGCAGGAUGAGGUGGCCUUCUUGCGGAGCAAUCACGAAGAGGAGGUGGCCGACCUGCUGGCUCAGAUCCAGGCGUCGCACAUCACGGUGGAGCGCAAAGAUUACCUGAAGACUGACAUCUCGUCGGCGCUGAAAGAGAUCCGCUCCCAACUCGAGUGCCACUCCGACCAAAACAUGCACCAGGCCGAAGAGUGGUUUAAAUGCCGCUACGCCAAGCUCACCGAGGCUGCUGAGCAGAACAAGGAGGCCAUCCGCUCCGCCAAGGAAGAGAUCGCCGAGUACCGGCGCCAGCUGCAGUCCAAGAGCAUCGAGCUCGAGUCAGUUCGAGGCACCAAGGAGUCCCUGGAGCGACAGCUCAGCGACAUCGAGGAGCGCCACAACCACGACCUUAGCAGCUACCAGGACACCAUCCAGCAGUUGGAAAAUGAGCUUCGGGGCACAAAGUGGGAAAUGGCUCGUCAUUUGCGAGAAUACCAGGAUCUCCUCAACGUCAAGAUGGCUUUGGAUAUUGAGAUUGCUGCGUACAGGAAACUUCUGGAGGGUGAAGAGACCAGAUUUAGCACAUUUGCAGGAAGCAUCACUGGGCCUCUGUAUACACACCGACAGCCCUCCAUCACAAUAUCCAGUAAGAUUCAGAAAACCAAGGUGGAGGCUCCCAAGCUAAAGGUCCAACACAAAUUUGUUGAGGAGAUCAUAGAGGAAACCAAGGUGGAGGAUGAGAAGUCAGAAAUGGAAGAAGCCCUGACUGCCAUUGCGGAGGAAUUGGCAGUUUCCAUGAAAGAGGAGGUCAAGGAAGAAGAGGCUGAAGAAAAGGAAGAGAAACAAGAAGCUGAAGAAGUUGUAGCUGCGAAGAAGUCUCCGGUGAAAGCUGCUGCACCUGAACUUAAAGGAGAGGAGGAAGGAGAAAAGGAGGAGGGAGAAGGCCAAGAGGAAGAAGAGGAGGAAGAAGAGGAGGGCGCUAAAUCAGACCAAGCCGAAGAGGGAGGAUCUGAGAAGGAAGUUUCUAGUGAAAAAGAGGAAGGUGAGCAGGAAGAGGAAGGAGAAAUUGAGGCUGAAGGUGAAGGGGAGGAAGCAGAGGCUAAGGAGGAAAAGAAAGUGGAGGAGAAGCGUGAGGAAGUGGCUCCCAAGGAGGAGCUGGUGGCAGAAGCCAAGGUGGAGAAGCCAGAAAAAGCCAAGUCACCGGUGCCAAAAUCACCGGUGGAAGAGGUGAAACCCAAAGCAGAAGCUGGAGCUGGGAAAGGAGAGCAGAAAGAGGAAGUCGAGAAAGUGGAGGAAGAAAAGAAAGAAGCAGCAAAGGAAUCUCCCAAGGAAGAGAAGGCAGAGAAAAAGGAGGAGAAGCCAAAGGACCUGCCAGAGAAGAAGAAGGCUGAAUCCCCAGUGAAGGAGGAAGCAGGAAAAGUGAGCCCAGAGAAGGCUCCAUCCCCAGCAAAGGAGGAAGCAGGAAAGGUGAGCCCAGAGAAGGCUCCAUCCCCAGCAAAGGAGGAAGCAGGAAAGGUGAGCCCAGAGAAGGCUCCAUCCCCAGCAAAGGAGGAAGCAGGAAAGGUGAGCCCAGAGAAGGCUCCAUCCCCAGCAAAGGAGGAAGCAGGAAAGGUGAGCCCAGAGAAGGCUCCAUCCCCAGCAAAGGAGGAAGCAGGAAAGGUGAGCCCAGAGAAGGCUCCAUCCCCAUCAAAGGAGGAAGCAGGAAAGGUGAGCCCAGAGAAGGAUGCCAAAGAGGAGAAGCCACAGCAGAAGGAGAAGGAGAAAGUGGAAGGAGAGGGAGGGAAGGAGGAGGGAGGUUUGAAGGAAUCCAGGAAGGAAGACAUAGCCGUCAAUGGGGAGGUGGAAGGAAAGGAGGAGCAGGAAACUAAGGAGAAAGGCAGUGGGGGGGAAGAGGAGAAAGGGGUGGUUACCAAUGGGCUAGACGUGAGCCCGGCAGAUGAGAAGAAAGGGGGUGAUAGAAGUGAGGAGAAAGUGGUGGUGACCAAAAAGGUAGAAAAAAUCACCAGUGAGGGGGGAGAUGGUGCUACCAAAUACAUCACCAAAUCUGUAACCGUCACUCAAAAGGUCGAAGAGCAUGAAGAGACCUUUGAAGAGAAACUCGUGUCUACCAAAAAAGUAGAGAAGGUCACUUCCCAUGCCAUCGUAAAGGAAGUCACCCAGAGUGACUAAUAUUUGAGUCCAUCGCAAAAGGUUAAGCCAUAUGACAAUUUCCAAAUGCAUGUGAUUGACAGCUUCAAAACAGAACGGGUUCUCCCAUGGGGGCUCCAGACAUUGUAUUUUACUUUGUGCAAUACGAGGGACCUGCAUGCAAGCUCAGGGUGCUCCCUCCUCAGUCUUUGGGUGAUUCAAAUGCAUGAUACUGUAUGUACCUGGGGAAUUGGCCAAUUUCCUAAGCUGUUGGAAGGGGGGCACUAGCGGGGAUGUCUUGAGAUGUAUUAUACGAAGAACCAACUGAGCCAAAAAUAAUAAAUGAAACACAGAACUCUCUUAGCCUUAAGAAAGCUAUAUAUGAAUAAUUAUGUUUACCUCACUGGUGCAUUUAAAAAGGACUUUUGUUCAUGGGAGAACCUCGUUGACAUGCACAGUUUGCAACUUUUCCGUUGAUUGAUGUUAAACGUCACAGCAGUAUUUGCUCAAUAAAGGUCAUAUUGGAAACAUA